AUGAGUGGAAAAACCGACCUCCAACAGCAGGACUACUUUGAUGUGGCACCGAAGAAGGAUGACAAGGGUAAUAACAACUCGGCCCAACAUUUGUUUGGCUCUGAAAACGACGACAAGUAUGGGGAUGAGCCCGAAAACUUUGUAAUUCCUGUUAAAUCACCUGACAAACCGGCACAAUCGCCCGGGGCUGUGGCUCGGAUUCAGAAGAUCAAACCACCGAAUGUGCUUGAUGUAAGGUUUAUUACAGUAUGAUAGGGGUAUGGGGAUUAUCGUAGAGUGAAGUAAGGCAGGGUAGGUUAAGGUAAAGUAUGGUACUGUAAUUUAGGGUAUGGUAAUGUAAGGUAAAGUAUGGUACUGUAGGGUUAAGUAUGAUACUGUAAUCCAAAGGAUGGUACUGUAGGGAAGACUAUGGUACUGUAGGGUAAAGUAUGGUACUUUAAAGUAAGGUAUGAUGCUGUAAUGUAGGGUACGGUACUUUAGGGUGGAGUAUGGUACUGUAAUGUAGGUGUGGUAUUGUAGGGUAAGGUAUGGUACUAUAAUGUAGAGUAUGGUACUGUAAGGUUUAAAAUAAACCUACUGCAGGUGUUUACUAUAGUAAAAGCACUUUACCAUAUAUUCUCACUUCAGGGUCUAAAAACCUGUGAUUUCUACCACGGUCUUCUGCCCGAGGACGAAGCGUCGGAUAUGUUGGAGAAGGACGGUGACUUCUUAUUGGCUUUGACAUAUACCGAAACCUCGAAAAACGUCGUAUGUUAUGUGAAAUGGCUGGAUAAAGUGAAAGGAUACGAAUUCAAUCAAGCUGCUGAUUCUUUGGGUGUUACACUAGACAAGUUCAACUUCAAACCGACUGUUUUGGAGCUGGUGAAGUAGAAUUUUGAAUUUUUUAAAUAACUACUACAAUAUAAUUUGUUUUUUUAUGGUUUUUAGUAUAAUAUAAGCUAUUUUUUCUUACCUACUACAAUAUAAUUACAGUUUUUGCAAUAUUUGUUACCUAAAACAAUAUAAAUAUAUUUUUUACUUUUUUCAUUACGUACUACAAUAUAAUUAUGCAUAUUCUUAACUGUUAUACUUAAACCAAUAUUUUUUUCAGCUACCACUACAAAGGCAAGAUCCCAAUAGGUAAUAACGGCCCAAAACUGAUAAAAAGCAUCCGAAAGCAGAGCUGGGAGCUAGACUCCAAAAACCUAAAAGCUGGUCGAUUAUUGGGCGAAGGCGCUUUUGGACAAGUAUUUUAUGGCAAUCUAACACAAAAUGGCAAAAGCACACCGGUCGCAAUCAAAAUUCCAACUAAGAAGGCCGAUAACAACAAGGAAACGUUGAAGAAAGCGAUGGAAGAAGCUCGGAUUCAGAGGGAAUACACUCAUAAUAAUAUUGUCAGAUUGUAUGGGGUGGUGUUUGAUGCUAAUCAGUUUUGUGUAAGUUUGGUUUUGAGGGGUUUUGUUGAGUUUAGGGAUGUUGCAGUAGGCUUGGGGCGGCUUGAAAGGGGAAAAUUGUGAAAAAAAGGUAAAAUAAAGGGUUAUGUGAAAUUUUAGGUAACAAUUUGAAGUUUUUGAGUUAUUAAUGUACUUUUGAAUUGAAAUUCAAAAACAAAUUUUUGAAUUUGUUGAUUUUAUUGAUGUUGUAGUAGGUUCGGGGAGGCUUGAAGGCUGAAAAUUAUAAAAUGAGAAAAAUAAUGGAUUUGGAUAGAAUUUUAGGUAACAUUUUGAGGUUUUUAGAUAUCCAGGUUACUUUUGCAGUGAAAUUUAAAAAAAAAAUUGAAAAAAAAAUUUUGAAAAAAAGUUGAACGUGGUCCCCCUGUUGAUUUUUUCUUCAAAAAAUUUUAAAAAAUUCAAUUUGACAUUGAUUUAUCUCUCUCUUUUUACACCAAAACUACCCUCUAACGCCUACCUACAAAAUGAUAAAACCUUAUUUCAAAGUAUUUUCAGAUAGUCCUAGAAUACCUGGACGGAGGCGCGCUGGACGAGUUCCUAAAGGCCUCCAACUGCCCAAUGAAGCUUCGAAUGGCAUUUUGCUUUGACAUAGCCUUGGGCAUGGAGUAUUUACACGCCCACGAGUGUCUGCAUCGUGAUAUGGCAGCGAGAAAUUGUCUGGUCGACCGCAAGUUUCAGUGUGCUAAAAUCUCGGAUUUUGGCCUAUCGUCGAAGGGAGAUUUGCAACAAGUCGACCGGUCGAAACCAACUCCGAUUCGAUGGAUGGCUCCGGAAGUCUUGAAGACGGCUACGUUUGGGAAGGCGGCUGAUAUUUGGAGCAUGGCGUGGGUUUUUAAGGUUUUUUGUGGGGUGGAGUGAUAAAGGCUUAUAGUUUGGUUAGGGCGUGGGUUUUGGGCUGAUAAAAAUUUCAAAAGUAUAUUUCAGAGUGCUAUUUUGGGAAGUGUACACAAAAUGCAAGGAGCAACCUUACACUGGCAAAGACCUAAAGCAAGUUCAGAAAGAAUUGUUCAAUAAUCCAGACUUUCAUCUCGAAAUCGACCCACAAAUGCCUCGAGAGCUGAAGAAUGUGGUCGAAGUGUGUUGGUGUCACGAUCCAGUGAAACGACCGUCGGCUGGUAAAAUUGUCGAUUAUUUACUGCCACAUUGCUACAAGGCACGGUAAGUUUUGAAUUUUUUUGUGAAUUACGGAUUUUGAUUUGGAGUGGGAAGUAGGGUAAGGUAGGUUAAGGUAGGGCAGGGGGCUUAGUAGUAGAGUGGUGUAAGGUAGGGUAGGGCAAGGUGAAGUUGGGUAGGUUAAAGUAGAGUAGGGUGAAGUAAGUGUCAUAAAUUAUUAUGAAUAUUAGUAGUAUUAGCUAAAGUUACAGUAUAUAAAAUAUUCAUUUAUCCAGAAAUAUAAAAUACGACCGAUCCGCGGUCUAGUUGGUUAGAGACUUCUUAUUUUUUGGCCAAAUCGGCCUUACUAUAAACAGUUUUUGCAAGAUAAAAAAGACCUUCUUUGUUCUGGAUCGCUUCUAUAUUUUUGUAAACAUGUUUUUGUAUUUCUUAACUCGCAACUUCGCGACAUAAGGCUUUGAAAUUUUGUAUUGGUGUAAACUUUUUGAAGAGAGGGAGGGGUAAAAAAAAGGGGGGGGGGUUAAAAAAUUUAAAAAAAUUUUUUUUGAUUUUUGAAAAAAGUUAGUUUACAAAUGUAGAAGGCUUAUCUUUACUUCCCAGAUCAAAAACACUUUCCUCUCCCCCUUCCCCGCCCCCCCCCCCCCCAUUCUCUUGUCCUUUUCCUCUCCCGGUGUUAAAAGCUCUUACUGAACGACAUCAUUUUAGGUACCCAAUAUCGCACGAAAUGUAUAAAACUCUGACGUUCCGCGAAAACCUGGUCAAAUACAAAAAGUCAAAGAAGAAGAAUGUAGGCAAAACCAAGAGCAGAAGCCGCGAAUCGGUCAAUAAGUCCAGGUCCAGUAGCAAAGAGUUCAGCUCGGAAGGAUGUGUAAGCAAGGCCUCGAGGAAGUCAGCAUCAAGGAAGAAGAAUCUGCGACGAUGA